AUGUCAGACACGAGCGAUGAAGAGGAUAGUAUUUCAAAAAUAGACUUCUCCGUCAUCUCAGUGGCGAUAGAGGCAGGUCACAAAAUGGUACAACAAAUAUUAAACUGUGUCCACUAUGGAACACCAGAGGUACGCAAUCUGAUGUAUAAUGAGUGUGAUUUUAUUGUGGAAUGUCGCGUAUGCCGUAACCUUUUCAGGAGUAUUCCUAACUUUGUUGCUCACAAGCGGAUAUACUGCACCACUGAGUUUGAACAGACAUCUUUUCCAUCCAGUGGUCAAGAAGAAUCUGUGGUUGUCGUCCAACCAACGGACGCUUCACCUGGAUCUAUGUCUCCAGCAGUGACUAUGUCAAAAGCAUCUAGUCAGUCAGCACCAGUGACAAAGUCAGUGACAACCAAAGCAACUCCUACUGGCUCUAUAGAUAAUGCAAAGUCUGUUUUGUCAAAUGUAUUUACGUCAUCUACAUUGUCACAAUCAAGGUCAAGGACAGUCUCUCAACCCAAAUCUGGUGGCAAUGUCUCUUUGUCAAACGUUGCUAGGUCUGCACAGAAACAAUUUCAAUGUCGUGACAAAGGCGGGCUAAUUCAGGGUCAUGGACAGGGAGGUCAAGGUCAGAAUGAAAAUAAAGAUGAAGAGGAUAGUAGUGAUGGUGAUUCUUCUACACUUAAACAACUUUUGACAGGGAAGUUUCGUGGAAAAUCCUCAGAGUAUAACUUCUAUUCAAAGACAGCAGAAAAAAUGGAAAGGGAGAGAAAAGCUAAAGAAGUUUCUCAUGUUGUAAUGACUCCCAUCCCAACCAAUCAGAAUGCAGCUUAUUUAACUGUUACACAAAGUGGCACAGCUGAUAAGGCACAAAAUGUAAUUGUUUCUUCACAACAUGACAGCAGUGUGCUCAUUGGUCAGAAAAAGUCAUCACAGAGUCACGAGGAAACUAUGUUCAUUCAGAACAGAGAAAACACUGUAAGCAGAGAAAAAAAAGUUGAUACUGAACUGACACAGGAAAAUUUAUCUGUCCGAUGUAGCAAGAGAAAAAAUCCAGAUGUACAGAAGAUUGUCAAUGAAGGUCCAUCAGCUAUCCUUGGAAACACUUCACUGAGCAAACAAAAACAAAUGGAACAGAAAAACAAGAAAUUUGUUCAGUUAAGACCAGUGAAGAGUCAGCUUGGUUCCCAUCAGUAUUCUGAGCUGUCUGAGCUCGGAUUAUUGGGACAUUGUGACCUGGCAUUGUCAAGGUGUUUACUAUGUUCUGCUAGCUAUAGUAGUCGCAAAGGUCUUCUGCAACACAUGCAUUCGAUCCACUCCGGAAGGAAGAGACUAUUCCCCUGUUCUAUGUGUGAGAAAAGAUUCAGCUACUUCUGGGGACUGACAAGACACUUACAAAACAACCACAAUUUAAGCAAGGAAAAGAUAGACAAGAUGAGAGAUAAGCUCAAGUCAAUGGCCUUUGAUAAUGCAGACUUGGAGCAAGAGGAAUCAGUGCAAAAAGAGCAGCUAGAUCCGAAGUCUCGAGUGUCAUCAGGGCAAAGUUUAGACCGUUCCAAACAAGAAACAUCUGUCCAGACAGGUUCUGUAACUAGAACUCUAAGAGAUAGUGAAACUGCUGGAAUAAAAUUAAAUAAAUGCCAGGGUUGCAAGAGGGCUUUCUGGAAAAAGUCUAACUAUGAGGACCAUAUAAAUCAAUGUAAAUGGAUUGUAACUUCCAAUGUCACGACUGACAAACCAUUCACAAAUUCCAGGUCAACAAGUAGGUCAAGAUCGGAGCCUAGUAGAGACAUACACACACUUAAAACAGCAGAAACUGCACCAAAUAGACCAUCUACAAGGUCAAAGGCCAUGGAAAAAGACAUUCAUUUAGUAUCUUCAAAUGUAAUGGAGAACUUGGAAAGUAUUGAAAGACGAGCAAGGUUAAGAACAAGGUCAAAGGUCGUUGUAAAUGAGCAAACAAACCAGCAGAGUGUCUCUUUAUCCAAAAAAGGCCAAACUGGUGAAGGUAAAGACAAUGAACAAAAGUACGCUCUCCAUGAUGAGGCAAUGGAAACUGAUCAUGAUGACUCCAGAGAUGGGUCUGAAUUAUCCACGCCUUCAAGCAUUGAUAGAACUAAACACCAAGAAAAGUCACAGGAGCAGAAAUCUUCAUUGUCUUCUCCAAGUAAGGCAUCCAACAGCAGUUCACCAAAUACGCCCUCAAAACAUCAGGUAGUCACCAGGAAUUCAACUAAGUCCAUGGAAAAAGAAACCCAAUACAUGAGAACCCGCUUUUUUGACAAAAGACGUGAAUCUCAAAUAAGACCUGAUAGAUCACCCCAGAGUAAAUCUGGAUCUGAAGCCAGUAGUCCAGUUCUUCAGAAAAGAGAUUGUGUCAAGGUAGUUUUGGCAUUUGAAGAUACACAGGAUGAUAAUAAGUGUCAGGAUCGUUCUAGAAGUGGGUCACGAGAGAGCGGAAAGACAACUCCAUCAACUUCCCCAGAUAAAGAGAGGACUUUUCCUUCUGUUGCUGGGAGUAAUGAGUAUGGACAGAAAAGAUCAAGCUUAAGAGGCAGAUCAGGCACUGAAAAGGAAUCAAGGAUUGAUGUUGAUAAGUCAAAGAGCAGAGAUAGUAGUACAGAGAGAUUGACUGAAGGAGUUGUACCUGAAGAAAUUUCUACAGCCAAAAAUACCAGGGAUAGUAGAGAAAGAAGUCGAGAGGGUUCGGCAAGACCAAGCACCAGAUCUGGUCAAAGGACAACAGAAUCAACAAAUGAUAAAUCUCAAACAGCACAGCAGAUGUCAACAAAGAGGGAUAGGCAAAAUUCACCAGCAGACAUCAUCAGGGACAAAAGUCCAGAAAGUUUCAAAGAUAGUUCAUCAAGAGUCAGUACCAGGUCAUCAUCAGCUCAAUCCUCAACUGACCAGAGUAGAUCAAGGGAGGAAACUGAAUCAAGUCCAACAUCAUCGAAAAAGGAUGGACAAAACUAUCCUAGUGAAAAAAAUACUAGGACUAGAAGAGACAGCAGUACAGAAAAUACAAGUGACAGGAGUUUGUCCAGAACUCGCACUAGAAAUGUCUCUGCUAGCAAAUCGGAGGACAGGAGUAGAAGAAACUCGAAAGACAGGAUUUCUCCUCAAGUAAGCACAAGAAAUAAAGUUUCAAUAUUGAGUGAUGGCCAAACUACGGAACAAGAGCAUAGUACAAGGACUAAAGAACUACACAAGGUGCUAUCAGAAAACAUCACAAAAGACAACGAUGGAGUAGAAUCAAACAGUCAGAGUGAUGAUGGUUUUCGACCAUCUGUCAGAAAAAGUAAUCGGACAAGUAUUGGUGUUAGAACUGAUAAGAACCUCAACAACAGAGAAGCAUCUAAAGACAUGUCACUAAACACCACAGAGCCAGAUACACAUACUACAACAGAAACAAAUAAAAAACCUGCUGGGGAACCAAGUCAAAAAAUAUCUGGAAAUAAACCUGGAAUGGCUGAUAGUUCAAAAACUGUUGGGAAUGUUCAAAGGAUUUCUACAAGAAGGUCAGCUAAACUUGACACCAAAGCUGACAGUGUUAUUGAUAAAUAUCCCAGUCCUCAGGAUGUUAACCAAUCGCAACAGUCACCAGCAUCAAAGAUCACGGCUGAAUCAAUCAGUACUCUACAGAGCAUAGUAACUAGGCGAUCAGGUCAAAAAGAUACAAGUUCAACUUCAUGGAAUUCUGGAUUUCAGAGUUCUGCAGAUGUGACAAAAACAAGACCGUUAGUAACCAGGUCAACAGAUCCUAACAAAGCAAGUGGAAAAACAAAGGAAGGAGAAAAUGGAGUUGAAUUUCAGAAACGAAGUGCAAGGAUUCGUGACAAAAUGUCUGCUGGAAAUGAAGAGGAAACAAAUAGACAAACGAAAGACUUAUUACAGUCGCAUAACAAGAAAGCUGAUGAGGUGGACGGUGAAUCAUCAUGUCGUUCUACACGAUUAUCAAGUGCUAGUCGUGUAAAGUCUCUGAAAUCAGAUACCAAGAAUACAGAAGAUGAUUCCCAACACACAGACAUCCAAGUGGGCAGUAUGAUCAUUUCUUCUGUAACUCCAGAAAAUCAAAGUUUUCUUGGCCUCAAGGUCAAUACACAUACACGCAGAGGAUCAGCUAGAGCUUCUACCCAAUUCACACCAAGGAUUCCUAAAUCCCUUGAAUCCACAUCUGAAAGACGCUCUACAUCUAAAACAGUGGAAAAAACUUCUGUUUCAAGAUCUGAAGAAUCCUCUUUUGUAGAUAAAAGUUUUAGUUCCACUGCAGAGGAUAAAUCUUCGGAGUCAGAUAGAAGUUCUGAUUCAGAUUCUGCUGAGCCCAACUCUGAUUAUAUAUCUGCAAGUCCCGAGCCUGAGGUACAACUGGUGGAGGAGGUAUGGGUGCUAAAAGAACCAGGGCUACCUUCUGAGGAGGUCAGGGGUAAUGCUUAUGCUAUGAUGACUUACAAGAGCAGUCCUACUCCGUCUGCUUCCAAAGGACCAUCUCCAUUGACAUCUGGUCACACCACCAGGGCAUCAGAGAGGAUGAGAACAACAAGAACUCAAAUGUAUGUCACUGAUCCAAAAAACAUUGGCACAUCACAGGAGACCGUCCAGACUAGGUGUCUUGAUCUGAGUCGGAUAGCGUACCUCAGCGACGAGAAGGAAAUGAAAUGUUUGCAGUGUGGUUUAGGAUUCAGCUGUCUGUCAAAUCUACGACGACAUGUUGUCCGCCAUCUUGGUUGGCGACGUUAUAAAUGCAAGCUCUGCAAGUUUUCCAGUUACAACAAAUCUGAAUGCAACACACAUUUGAUCAGGUCCCAUGGUACAAGAGCAAGGAAUUGCACAGCAAGUACACUCAUCAUUGACUUGAAUAAAGAGGCUUCUAAAGUAAGAAGUCAGAAAAAAAUCAACACAAUUAAAUCCAAAAGUACUGGCCCGGCACUUCGAUCUCAAAGUCAAAGGAAGACAUCAGGGUGGGUAAGUAAGGAAGCGGAAGUUCUGAUAUCUGACAAAGAGCUCUCGGAGUCCAAGAAAAUGUCACAGGGAAAAGCAAAAAAAGAUGACAGGAAAGAAGCAUCUGCUGCCAAUGUCACAUGUAGCUCCGACCAUUCAGGAUCAAUGGUAAUCACCACAAGGUCAAAGUCAGCGAAGAAAGAUAAUACUGAGGAUAGUCUGUCCAUUAAAACAGGAGAUUCAGAGGCGCAAUCCGAUGCAGAUGCUGCUGCAAACUUACAAAUGAAAACUGAAGAACUGAGGAGGACAAGAAAACGAAAAAGGAGUAACAGUUUUGAUACUAAUCCUUCAAAGUUGGAGAGUAGCAAAGGGGAGACACCUGCAAAUGAUACAAAAAAAGCACGUAAACGGAGAAGGAGCAAUAGUCUGGAAGAUUGUGCAAAUGAGGAGGAGGCCGCAUCUAAUCAUUCUGAAUCUUUAGUGGUCCCAAUAAAAAAGAAAUAUGAGAUGAAGCGAUCAACAAGUUUGGAUGGAGCCUGCUCUAAUUCACAGGAAGAUGUUGGUGAAACUCUCUCUGACUCCUGGGAUAUUCCAAGUGUAUCUGAUUUUGAGAAUUCUGACACAGAGAUGGUUUGUUCCCCACCCAGUGCUAAAGUUGUUCCAAAUUUAGAAACGAUGAUGGCAGCUCUUGAGGAAGCUCGAGCUUUCAAAUUUGUUCGACAAAGAGGAAAGGGCCGAAGAUCAUUGCCAUUGAUAAAGAAGACGCAGCGAUCAGGGAGUUUAGGAUCUCAGACAGACAGUCACGUGGAAUUAGUGUCAGAAAAUACUGCUAGCAAUUCAUCUGUUGAAGUAACAAAAACACAAACAGAAGUUCUAGAAGUAUCGGGUGUUUCAUCAGCAUCAACAGGCAGUAAGGUAAAUGAGGACAAAUGUAUGACAGAAUGUGCCACUCCAGUGAGACAAAAAUCUGAUUCUGAGAAAUGUUUGUCGCAGGUAAAUGAUGGAAGUUCAUCAGAUACUAAAGAGUGUAACAAGAAUUUGACAGGUGUAAAAGACAGUUCAUCAAGUGUUGAGAAUAUUCCAUCUAAGACACAGGAGCUUUUACCAAACAUACAAGCAAAUCCAGCAGGUGAAAAGGAUAUUUUAUCAAGUGUUGACAACAAAUCAUCAGGCAAGCAUGACAGUUCUGAUCUAAACGUUGAAUCCUCAGGUGAAAUUGACAGUUCAUUAAGUAUGAAGGACAAUUCAUCUGUUGAGAAGGAAAGCUCAUCAGGUAUGAUGGACAGCUCAUCAGAGGUGAAGGACAAUUCAUCUGUUGUAAAGGAAAGUUUCUCAAGUGUGAAGGACAAUUCAUCAGGUAUGAAGGAUGGUUUGUCAAGUGUGAAAGACGAUUCUUUUGGUGAAGUGGACAGUUCAUCAGGUGUGAAAGACAAUUCUUUGGGUGAAGAGGACAGUUCAUCAGGUGUGAAAGGCAAUUCUUCAAUUGUAAAAGACUGUUCAAUAGGUAAAAAGGACACUUCAUCUGAUGAAAAGAAUUGUUCAUCAGAGGUGGAGGACUCUUCGUCAGGUGAAAAGGUUAGCUCAUCAGGUGUGGAGGACUCUUCAUCAGGUGAAAAGGUUAGCUCAUCAGGUGUGGAGGACUCUUCAUCAGGUGAAAAGGUUAGCUCAUCAGGUGUGGAGGACUCUUCAUCAGGUAAAAAGGUUAGCUCAUCAGGUGAAAGGGAUAAGUUGUCAUGUGUGGAGGAAAGUUCAUCAGGAGAAAAAGAGAGUUCAUCUAGUACAAAAGAGGGUUUUGUAUCAAGUGUUGGAGAGACCAGAAAUGAUGUUACAGAUUCAGAAGAAGUGUUGUCAUGUUUGGAAGUCAGUGAUCCACACCAAGAGAAGUCCUUGAUGGCAGAGACAGACAAGUGUACAGAAGUAGAGAAAAGUCUCGACCUAGUAAAGGAGGCGAAGGAGUAUAAAAACAUGCAUUGUGAUUCUGUUCAGUUGGAUGAAACAAGAGGUCAACAGGAUACCGGUGAUACAGAUAUGUCUGUCGAGACACAGCAGACAGUGCAGGAAGAUGUAGACUUAAAAAUGUAAAAACAAAAAAAAAGAAUUACGAUCAGACAGCACUCAUUUCCAGUUUUAUGUCAUAAAUCAACUUUUUCCUGUAAAUACUCCUGUAAGUCAGUUUCAUGGGACUCAAUUUUCGUGGAUUUCUUUGGGUUUUUUUUUUUUUAAACUGUUUUAAAUCUUUUAAUUCUGUGGAUAAAAAGGCUCAGCAAAUAACUCUACUUUCAGUUAUCAUAACAUGUCAUGGACAUGGAUGAACUAUUGUACAGGACUACUUUGUCAGGAUACUUACUUCAGAAGACCACAUACUUGCCAAGGGGGUCAGACCUGGAAAACUGGUAAUGUCCUGUUUGAAAGUCUUGCACAGACUGCAGAUAGUUGGUUAUUUGUUACUUGAACUCAAUCUUGUUUGUGCUUCAAUAUAUUGUAAUCUCAUGUACACAGUAAGCAAUUCUGUUCAAGAAUGAAACUGAGGAAGGAAAGUGAAAAGAUUUCAUUUUGAAAAAAUCUUCAGGGUGAGACCAAACUUUUAUACUUCAAAACAUUUGAGUAGACUGAAAUAAACUGGAAGUUCCAGUCGUUACAAAAAUAGGAAAUUUGACUGUUUUGAUGUCCAUAAGCUCCCUACUAUUAUUGGUUAAACCUUAAGAAAAUGGGUCAUGGUUGGAAGAAUCUGGUUUUGUAUGUACAAGCACAGAUGACUAUGUCCUUUACUCCCAAACAAAACUGGUAAACAAUGAAAAGUUUUAACAAUUCUUAAAAUUUCACUAAGUUUUUGCAAUGUUUAUUAUGUCUUGUUUAUUGUUCAAAUAAAUUUUGUAUUUGUGAAAAAGACAAUAUUCAGAUAAUACUUAAUUAAUUUUGUCUGAAUAUGAUAGCAUCUGUAGAGUAUUAUGGAGUACUUAAGGGUCGAGAUUUGAUCAGUUAUUUGAAGUAAAAUUCUUCAUUUGGAAAAUGAGAUGUAUGAGUUAUUUGUUGAGAAUUGAAAUGGAAGAGUUCAACGUUUGGGAAAUGUAAUUAUUUAACGUAAAAGACUUUUAACUUUAGAAAUGUAAUGUGAAAAACUUACAUUUGAGAAAUGUAUUGUUAAAAUGAAGAAAACGUUAUAUGAAAUUGAAUUAAUUAAAACUCUAUUUAACAGAGAAAUGUGAUGUAAGAGUUCUACAUUUGAGAAAUGUAAUGAAAAAAUUAACAUUUGAGAAAUGUAAUGAAAAAAUUAACCCUUGAGAAAUGUAAUGUUACAUUUAUGUAUGUUAAGAGUUCUGUAAAAUUGAGAAAUGCAGUGUAUGGGUCUAUUAAAUUGAGAAAUGUGAUGUAACGGUUCUACAUUUGAGAAAUGUAAUGUUAAAUUUAUGUAUUUUAAGAGUUCUGUAAAAUUGAGAAAUGUGAUGUAACGGUUCUACAUUUGAGAAAUGUAAUGUAAAAGGUCUGCAUUUGAGAAAUAUUAUGUAUGAAUAUUACAUUUGAAAAAUGUAAUUUAAAAGUUCUUCAUUUCAGAAAUGUAAUGUAACAGGUCUGCAUUUGAGAAAUAUGUAUGAAUAUUACAUUAGAAAAAUGUAAUUUAAAAGUUCUUCAUUUCAGAAAUGUAAUGUAACAGGUCUACAUUUGAGAAAUGUAAUGUAAAAGGUCUACAUUUGAGAAAUGUAAUGUGACGGGUCUGCAUUUGAGAAAUGUAAUGUAAGAGUUUUACUGUAAGUGUUUCUGUGUCAUUGGUCACCUAAAUGUCGCAGAUAAUCUAGUCAUACUUACAUCAUGCCAUAUAUUUAGUAUUUGUUUUUCAAGGUCGAAAAAAAAAAUGGAAAGCAGUUAUUCAAAUGUGGUAAAGAAAACUUUGAAAGGAAGAAUCAUUGUCCAUAAACAUAACUGUGUUAUGUAGAAUUUUUUUUUGUCAGAUAGUAUAUACACUGACAAAGUAUAGUUCAAAUAUGUUUUGCUUUCAUCAAUUUGGAAAAAAUCUCAUCGCUCUCGAACUUGUGACAUUAAAUGUUGCUACUUAUAACCACUUGUAUCACAGAUGAUUGUAUAAAUCUGUUCCAUUCUCUGUAAGCUGAUGGUUUGACCUAGUCUGUUGUAUAACAUGUUACCGAAGUUUGUCAUCUGGUUAUUUGUUUACAUUUGUGUUCAUCUGAUACGAAUAUGCCAUAAUAUGUGUUACUGUAUGUAUGUCGAAAUACUUUUCCUAUUUGUUUGACAGUAUGGCAAUGCCUGGUCAUAAGCUCACUGAUGUAGAUCUAUUACAGUUCUAAGAACUGUGAACAUCCUGUAGUAAAUCCACCCCUUGCUCUCAGUAUAAUGUUUUAAGUUGACCCUCCAGGCUUACUGUUGAAUAAACAUUUUUCUAGGACCAAACAUAUCGGUCUCAAACUACUUUGCAGCUUUUUAAUAUAUAACAUCAUUGUUCCAGUAGAUGGUUUUAUUUCUGUAUGUAUGCUUCUUCUAAUGAACCAAAAAGCAUAGAUUAUUGUUACCUAAUCAGCAGCUUAUUGCAUUGAGUGCCACAAAAAUCAUGAAAUAAUUUACCUUGAUCAAUAUUCUAAGUCAUUGGUCAAAUAUUUUGAUGGUGCUGAACAGUUUACCAACAGUUUAAUUUUUAUUUUUUUUAAUUUGUUGCUGAAUCCAUAAAACUUGUGACAUGAAAUCACCGAUUAUAUGGACUGACACUAAUGACCUUUGACCUACAGUGGUGAUAGCAAUGUUCAAAACUUUCUUUGAAUCUUGUCUCUCACCUAUGUAACAUUUAAAGUGGUAAUAUGAUAAAGGAUUCAUUGAAGUAAUAAGGGGAGAUUUAUGUAACAGUAUUACCUUCGUCAAUAUGAUAUGGUUUUAUUUACCUGCAGCAGAGCUUAGAAUAUUGUAUCCAAGGAGAUUUCUAUUAUUCUCCUGGUCUAUAUAUGGACUAAUGACUUCUCAGCAGAGCCUAAAAUAUCCCAUCUGAUGGAGAUUUCCAUGCAGGUUAUAUAUCUCAGCAGAGCCUAGAAUAUCGUAUCUGAUGGAGGUUUCCUUUAUUACAAUGGUCUAUAUAAUGUGGGUUUACUACCAAGCAUUGGCGGUCAAGGUAACAUUACAUCGUUGCUUCUGUACAAUAAGAUACAUGUGAUUGUUUUCUUGAAAUUGCAAAGCUAAGCUUUUGUGUGUGGGAUUAUUUUCUUAUUUUGUUAUUAUUGCGGAAAUAAUAAAAGAAUCUUUAAAGAUCUAAA